UUUCUGGCGAAAAGAAUGAGAGGGAGAGAAGGAGGGAGGGAGGAGGGAGGACAACACACACACACACACACACACACACACACUUCAUAUACGAGACAGAGGAGCGGAAACGGGUCGAAUCCUACUUCAAAUUCUCUUUCCUCUCGGCUUGUCGACCGGGGAAAACAAACCGACCCGAGGCACAGGGAAUGGGGAUUUACUAAUUAACUACUUACCGAGAGCUGCACACCUCCUCGGCGCCCUCCCUCCCUCUCAUUCAGUUCCCUCGGUCGUGGUUAUUAGUGUCGAGGUGCUUCCACGGUUCCCGGCUCCGCGCGCCCCGGAUCACACACCAGGAGGGUGAACGCGCACUCAGGUUAGAUAGUUUCUACUUUGGACGGUUGGAGAACACGACCAGGAAAGACUGAGCGCAUCAAUUACACUGCUGCACGGAACAGCACAAUCUUUGCUCUCCGAAUUGGAUCAGAUAAAGCCCAGCGAUUUUCGGUCCUUCCUACAGCCAGCAGCCACGGUGCCGGCGCCGGCCCUUGGUUUCCGAGGCCACUUGGCAGUGCCGGUGUAUUGGAGGUAUGGACUGUAACUGUGUUAGUGACCUGCUGCUCACGCCACCCGUCCCAACCCUCUGGACACCAGGCAUCGCCUUCCCAGACUGGGCCUAUAAGCCAGAAUCAAGCCCAGGCUCCAGGCAGAUCCAGCUGUGGCACUUCAUCCUGGAGCUGCUGCAGAAGGAGGAAUACCACGGGGUGAUUGCCUGGCAGGGAGACUAUGGUGAAUUUGUGAUCAAAGACCCAGAUGAGGUGGCAAGACUGUGGGGCAUUCGGAAGUGCAAACCUCACAUGAACUACGACAAGCUCAGCCGAGCGCUUAGGUACUACUACAACAAACGCAUUUUGCACAAAACUAAAGGCAAGCGCUUCACCUACAAGUUCAACUUCAGUAAGGUGGUUCUGGUGAAUUACCCCCUGCUGGACAUGGCCAGCUCUCCGUUCCUGCUGGCCCAGAACCACUUCAAUGGAGGAGCCGCAACACCGGAUUGCAGCCCUGUCACACCCGAGGCCCUUCAGUCUUUAUUCCCUCGUCUGCCUGAAUCAGGUCGAGGGCCCUCUCUGUUUGAGCGUACUGCAGGGGCCCCAGGGCCCGAUGGGGACAAGCUGAGACUGGACACUUUUCCUUUCUUCGGCUCAGGGGCUCCUUGUUACUCCAAACCUCCAUCCCUGUUGGGUCCUUACCCACGGAACCCCUCUUUUGACUACCCCUGGGGCUUCAACCCCUACCUCCCAGGGGCCUUUUCUCUGAACAACUGUCCCAAAUUACCCCCAGGCUCCCUCUACUCCUCACAUUUCUAUCCCAAUCCGCUCCAAUCCAGCCUGUCUCAGCUGUCUCACCCCUUCUCUUCGCUCUUACCCCCCGGGGACACGACCGGGGCAGAACGUGGUCAAACGGGAGGAACGAACGGCUCUGCGAGCGGUCAGCCUCCCAGACUCUGCAUCCCACCAUACCCAGGAAACUUGCCACUGGGCAGGACUGAGCUGGGGAACGGGGGUACGGGUGCGGGCGAUCGGGAAAGAGGGGAGGCCAACACUGCCACAACAGGUGGAGGUCUUAGUUUGGGGUUAGGCCUUGGAUUGGGUUUGGGUGGAGUUGGCGUGGGAAGUGGAGGAGGAGGCCGUCAAAGCCCUUCCGAGCGGAGGAAGGGUGUGAAGCAGGAUCCGGAGUCUGACUCUGAGCUGGAGAUCACAGACCUGAGCGACUGCAGCUCAGAGAACGAGAACGAGCCAGACUUCUCUCUGGGGAAGCAGCCAGGUUUGGGUGGUCGCUCACACCUUCUAGAGGCCAAAUCUAGGGGUCUUGGGGGAGUCUUGCCCCCUCUUUCUUCUCUUCCUCCACCUGUGUCUCUGCACCCCCUUAAAAGUCUGGGACCCCCGACUCCUCCACCAUCAUCCCUCUCUCCCUCCCUCACUAUGGUCGACAGGCACAGGGAAACAGAGACUCUUAAACAUGCUCACAGUUAAUAUGUUCUGUUGUGUGAAUUUUGAUGUCUUGCAGGUUUUCUGAUUUCUCUUUUUCUGUCUGUGUAUUCCUGCAUUUGUGAAAUUAUGCUGUAUAUUCCCAAUUAAUUUUUUCCUUCCUCUUUUCCGGAGUCCUCCGAAGCCAUUCUUCGCUCAUGCUGUUCCAAUAUCAGAACUUUCAAUUUCUACUUUCUUCAAUUUCUAAAUCGCACAGUGAGAUGCAAUUUGAGUUUUUGUUAUUCUGGGAGUAAAAGUGCAGCACAAAAAAAAAAAAAAAAAACCUGCUUUUCGGAUUACAAUGUUUAAAUAUCUAAAGAUUUUUCAAUUUUCAUUCUCUCAUUUCUGUUAGGAAGCAGUAACAAUGAGAUAUUUUAUAGCCAAGACAGCACAGUAAUGAAAUAUGCAUAUCUUUUAUCACCAACUUUUUAAAAUUGCGCUGCAUUCUGGCCCUGCUGAGAUAGGAAGUUAGUUUGUUCUGCUUGGUGUGUUUCACAGACUUUUCCAUAAGUUUAAUGCUAAGCUCUGCAAUACAGUGCUCAGAUGAACAGCAUUACACAAGCAAAAUGCAAUAAUGGCAACACUCAUAAUAAUCUUAAGGUGAUUCAGUUGUGCUGCAAUAAAGCACUUUGGUUUUUAGUUUUGCGCUGAUUCCAAGGAAUUC